AUGCAGUUUAGCAGCAUCAACCCAGAUUUCCACCAAAAACCCCUUAGCCUCCACAAUAAGCUCCUCUCCAAGGAGACCUCCAAAUCCAACCCUUCCUUCCGAAUCUACUACGGCGAACUCCCGAGCUCCGUCCCCUUCACCUGGGAAACAAUCCCCGGCACCCCCAAACACCACCACGCCUCCGCGGGCGACCACCACAUCCCGCCGCCACUAACCCCUCCCCCGUCGUACCACGCCCACUCAAAUUCCCUCCGAGCUUCCUCCGAAAACCCCUCCCGACCCAAAAUUCUCUUCCAAAACCUCCUCCGCCACAUUAACCCUAAGAAACCCAGCCUCGGCUCGUCGUCUUCUUCCUCCUCCUCCUCAUCGUUCUCCGACCACUUCCGACGCCGGAAACGCCGCCGGUUCUCCGGAUCGGGCUCGUCGUUCGACUCCGGAUGCUCUGUUUUUGUCGUGAAGAAGGCUUUGCUGUCCAUCGUCGGCCGCGGCUCCGGCUGA